AUGGAGCCCGGCAAUUAUGCCACCUUGGAUGGAGCCAAGGAUAUGGAAGGCUUGCUGGGAGUUGGCGGGGGUCGGAAUCUAGUCGCCCACUCCCCACUGGCUAACCAUCCUGCAGCGCCAACGCUGAUGCCGACUGUCACCUAUAACCCCCUGGAUCUGCCAGGCUCUGCGGAGCCACCAAAGCAGUGCCACCCUUGUCCUGGGGUGCCCCAGGGGGCAUCUCCAGCUCCUGUGCCUUAUGUGCUACUACUUGGAGGCGGGUACUACUCUUGCCGAGUGUCCAGGAGCUCACUAAAACCCUGUGCUCAGACAGGCACCCUGGCUACCUACCCUUCGGAAACUCCCGCGCCUGGGGAGGAGUAUCCCAGCCGUCCCACCGAGUUUGCCUUCUAUCCGGGCUACCCGGGACCUUACCAGCCUAUGGCCAGUUACCUGGAUGUGUCUGUGGUGCAGACCCUGGGAGCCCCUGGGGAGCCUCGCCACGACUCUCUGCUUCCUGUGGACAGUUACCAGCCUUGGGCCCUGGCCGGUGGUUGGAACAGCCAGAUGUGUUGCCAAGGUGAACAAAACCCACCGGGUCCUUUCUGGAAAGCGGCAGCGUUUGCAGAGCCCAGUACCCAGCAUCCUCCAGACGGCUGUGCCUUCCGCCGCGGCCGCAAAAAACGCAUUCCCUACAGCAAAGGGCAGUUGCGGGAGCUGGAGCGGGAAUAUGCGGCCAAUAAAUUCAUCACCAAGGACAAGAGGCGCAAGAUCUCCGCAGCCACCAGCCUCUCUGAACGCCAGAUCACCAUCUGGUUUCAGAACCGCCGGGUCAAGGAGAAAAAGGUUCUGGCCAAGGUUAAGACCAGCGCAACCCCGUGA